ACUUGCGUCCCUUGGAUCUUCUCUCUGAAGUGGUUCCCCUGAACUGGGUGAAAAAUGGAAUACGAAUGAUUCAAAUACAAGGAGCACGUGGCUUCCAGCUCUCUGCAACAAGCCCUCGCUUCCUCAGUUUUCCAGCAUCACAGAUUUUCAUUUACUGUGACUUAUUCCCAGAGGAAUUCUCCAUUGUGUUUACUAUAAAAACUUCCCACAUGCACUUCAAGAGAAAUGAGUACAUCUUCACAGUUUUGGAUGAAAACAGUGACACGCUGCAGCUCGGACUCCGAUAUUCACAGAGUAAACUUCACUUUCUCUUCUGGAGCAGAGACCUUCUGAAUGGUUGGCAGACACAAGUUACUUUUCGGGAUAUCUUUUUGGCGGACAACCAAUGGCACACGCUUGUAUUGGCAGUAUCUCAAGGCUCUUUUUCGCUUACUGUGGAUUGCAGCAUCCCCACAGAUGUGAUUGCAGAUACUGCUUUUCCAGCUUUCUUGACUAUGACAGGAACCCGAUUUUAUAUAGGAAAUAGAAAGAGAAGAAAAGGUUUAUUUACUGGCUUGAUAAGGCAGCUAGUCCUGUUGCCAGGAUCUGAUGCCACUUCAAGGAUGUGCACUGGCAUGAAUUUUAAUCUAGCAGUGCUGUCCAUCCCCCAAAUUCUGCAGGAUCUGCCUGUGAAACCUGCGGGCAAUGAGCUGCUGAAAUACCCUUACGAAGCAGACAUGAAGGUGACUUUGGGUUCCCGUCCUCUUUGCACCAAGACUGAAAGUGGCCAAUUCUGGUUAAACAUUGCUAAGAAAGGACUAUAUAUCUGUACUGGGAAUGAAUGGAUUUCCAUGCUAGAAGUUGAAGAAAGAUUGGACUAUUUGGAAGAAUACCAGAGUUUAGCUACAAAUUCUGAAACAUUGGGCAUUGAAAUCUUCGUCAUCCCUAAGGUGGGUCUCUUUGCAGCUACUGCCAAUCGCUUCACUCCUCCUGGAUCAGCCAUUUACAAAUGGAUUGAUGAAAAAUUUGUGCCUUAUCAAAAUCUCCCCACCAACCAAGCUCAGUCCUGGAAAUUCUUCAUUGUAGGAAAAAAGCUUUUCCUUGUAGUGGCUAAUCUUGGACAGAAUGCAAGGGGUCGUGAGUUUUCUGUAAUUUAUAAGUGGAACUACAGAAAAGAGAAGUUCACCGUGUUCCAGAGGAUUGCCACCCACAGUGCUAGAGAUUGGGAGGCAUUUGUCAUUGAUGGAGAGACCUUUCUUGCAGUGGCUAAUCACAGAAAAGGAGAUAACCACAACAUCAACAGUGUCAUAUAUAGGUGGAACUCUAGAAGAGGGCUUUUUGAAGCCAAUCAGACCAUUCUUACCUCAGGAGCCUACGACUGGGAAUUUUUCAGUAUUGGCCCUUAUUCCUUUCUGGUGGUGGCCAACACAUUUAAUGGAACAUCAACCAAGAUCUACUCUCACAUCUACAUUUGGCUCAAUGGAAGUUUCCAGCUUUUCCAGUCAAUCUUGACUUUUGGUGCUGCUGACUGGGAGGUCUUUUACAUCCGAGACAGAGUCUUUCUUGCUGUGGCAAACAGUCACAGUUAUGACAGUAGCACAGUAGCACCAAUCAACACUUUUGCCAUUAAUUCUUCCAUCUAUGAGCUUAACAUCACUGCACAGUUGUUUGUCAAGUUCCAGGACAUCCUUACAUACAGUGCUCUGGACUGGGAAUUCUUUUCAGUGGGAGAAGACAACUUUUUGGUUGUUGCAAAUUCCUAUGAUGGCGUGACCUUCUCUGUAAACAGUAUUAUUUACAGAUGGCAAGGAUAUGAAGGUUUCGUAGCAGUUCACCAUCUUCCAACAUUUGGCUGUAGGGAUUGGGAAGCUUUCAACACUACAGCUGGUUCUUACCUCAUGUAUUCAAGUGCUAAAGAACCCCUCUCCAAGGUGCUGAAGCUGAAAAUAUUUUGACUGGAAUGGAGAUUCUUGGGUUUCCUGCAAUAAGCAAAGCAUAUGGACUUGGGAGGAAAUGUUUUAGUUAUUCAAAGCUAGAAUGAAAGUCUUUAUACUUUGAAGUCACUGCGAUUAGCAUAGCCAAUAUAAGAAAGAAAUAUUAUCCUGGCUCUUCUCAGCUAGCUGAGUGGGAAGCUGUGGGAAAUUAGAUUUUAACAAACCCUUUCUGCUAUUAAAUUCCUUGAAUGGGAUAAAACUAUACAUUUGAGCUAACCAAUGAUACUUGUGAAUUCAAAAACUUUGGUUCACUUGUUCUACCCCUCCCACCACUAUAUUUAUGAACAUCAUCCGUACCCUAAAAAGCUACCUAUAUAAUUCAUACCAUUAUGCACAACUGAGAGUGCUUUGCUUCUGAAGCAGUAGAGUGGACAUCAGAAAAGGCCUCUGGCAUCUAUCUACUACUGGAAAUGAUUGGGCAUAAGAAUUUCUGCCAACCUCUUCCAAGUCCUUGUCUGAAUGACUCAACUGCUAUCACAUUAUGGGAAGAGCAUGGGAGUGCACCAUUUUUAUAUAUGUCAGUCUAUUCCAGCAACACACUCAUUGUUGUGAAAAGAAUUCUGAUGUAAAUCCUAGGAGAAAUAACUAGAGGUUUCUUAGGAUAUGAAAUUCUGUACUAUAUGAGAUUCAUAGGACCACAAAGGCCCAACUAUUUUGUUUUUGUUUUUUAAUUUGAACCAUUUCCAGAUUUGAAUCUCAGGGUUUCAAGGAAAAAAUUCUGAGCCUUGCUGAGAAAAUUCAAAAUUCAGUUACUCCUUUAUUACAAAGUGCUGGGACUACCAUAGACUGAAUGAAAUAUAUUCCUUGUUGUAGAAGGGCUGUGUCUUUACAAAGAGUCUUUGAUUUAUUAUGAGUCUUCAAGGUUUGCAUUCUCCAGCUUUGCAGCAUAGCUACAAGGAAUAGAAAAGCCAAUAUUGUUUAAGAGUUUUUGUUUUAAGCUUUAAGAAAGAAUGAUUCUGACCAUUUUCACUUGGGGACAUCAGGAAAGCCCAGUAUUUUUUAUAUGGAUUUAUGAUAUCUCUGCAAUAAACUCCAACCCUAGUUGAUUGAUACUUUCUUAGUUUAUGAUCUCAUGCUAGUUUGUGAAUAGUAAAGCUUCUAUUUGCUGCUAAGAAAUAUGUUAUUGUCCAUUUAUGAAAUAUUAUAAUAUGUAAAUUGAUGACAGUCACAUUUGUUAUAUGGAGAUGGACUUAUUUAUUAUUGGGAUAAUAUUUACAAUAUUGAAAGCAGUUCCUAAUAAAAUCAACAGAGUGAUUUGCACCAUCUCA